CCGGUGCUGGCGGCCGACGGCUCCCUCACCAGUCCGUACCAGGCAGCUGACAAGCCGAACGCCCCUCCCAAUUGCCCAGCCUCUUGCACCUCUGGGCUCAUCCCCCAGAACUCCUUGCAGGACGAGACCCCAUACCCUUCCUGCGCGGACAGGCCCAAGAAAGCCUCCCCCUGUGGGACAUCUAAUGGCCUCAGCAGCACUGCAGAGGUGAAAAUCAACGGCCCCAGUUUCUACGGCGAUGUCUCCACGCCGGCCUCUCCCAGGCUGAGCGGGCAGGGCGGGGCAAUCCCCGGGUUGUCUCAUCGUCAGCAGCCCUGGCCCAGGCCCACCACCCCCCCAGCAGCUUGCGGGCUCCUCAAUCACGUGGCUGGUGCAGUUGUAAAAACAGAGAACGCCGCGGGACCUGUGUCGUGCCCCCACAAGGUUGCUGUGCCAGUCACCACGCUGCUGGCUUCCAUCCCCAGCUCUUGCUUCAGCCUAGAAGCUGCCACUGCGUGGCAGCGGAAGAACACUCAGGCGCAGAUUGGGCCUCUGCUGGCUACAGAUCUGGGGGCAGCGGACUCUCCCCUGACCGCCACAUGGGCGCUCACCCCUCCCCAAGCAGCUGUGGGGGAGGGAGGCUCUGCCAUCGCCCCCGCCCAUGGCUUUUGCUCAUCAGCCCCACCUCCAGGUGAGUGCGCCAUGGCAUGGGGAGGGCUCAGGGCCCUUGCCCCGCCCUGCCCGAAGUCCCGAAUAAAGGCCUCUCUCCUUCAAAAGGCAGGAUGUCUUUUCAGUACAGAAAAUGGGGUUAGGUUUGCCAUGGGCACCUGGGUGAUGCCAAGGGAACAAUCCAGGCUGUGCCUGGCAAUUGUGUCCUCCACAGCUCCAGUCAUCCUGCCAGGAUGUGGCCACAAAAUAAACGCAGGCUGCAGAAGCGAAGGGCCCUGCUGUCCGUGCUGUGGCUUCAGCCUGCUCUGCUCUCUUGCAGCCCUGGGCCUUAAUGUCCAGUGGAUGCUUCCCAAAGCAGGGUUCCUGUGCUUCUGGCCAGGGCCCCCCCCUUCUCCAUUGCCACGGGAUGCAACUUCCUUUCCAAAGGGGGAUCACGAUAAUGGUGCAACGGUUUGUCACUGCAAAAGUCAAACAAUGAGAGCUUUAGCAGCAGCAAGAACUUGUUGGGAGCAGCGUCCGUCCCAGAAGCUAAACUUGGACCAAAGGGUGGAAGAAUGA